GUAAAUCUUAGUCAUUACUAGUGUCUUUCAGAGUUUGCCGCUUUUCUGGUGUAACUAGUUCCCAUGGCUGGGAAUAAAGGAAGAGGACGUGCUGCUUUUACCUUUAAUGUCGAGGCCGUUGGAUUUAGCAGAGGGGAGAAGUUACCUGACGUGGUGUUGAAACCACCCCCACCAUUUCCAGAUACAGAUUAUAAGCCAGCGCCGCUGAAAACAGGAGAAAGUGAAGAUUACGUGCUGGCCUUGAAACAAGAGCUGAGAGAAACGAUGAAAAGAAUGCCUUAUUUUAUUGAAACACCUGAAGAAAAUCAAGAUAUUGAAAGAUACAGUAAAAGAUAUAUGAAGGUGUACAAAGAAGAAUGGAUACCAGAUUGGAGAAGACUUCCAAGAGAGUUGAUGCCAAGGAAAAAAUGCAAAAAAGCAGGCCCAAACUCCAAACAGGCAAAAGAUAGAGGCAAAGGCACUCCGCUCAUUAAUCCUUCAGAUGUGUUGAAAAAAAUCGAGGAAUUGGAAAAGCAAGGUGAUGGUGAAAAAUCAGAUGAGGAAAAUGAAGAGAAAGAAGGAAGCAAAGACAAAAGUAAAGAAGGAGAUGACGCCGAUGACGAGGACGGUGCCGCGGAGCAGGAAGACUAUGACGAGGAAGAGCAGGAGGAGGAAAAUGACUACAUUAACUCCUACUUUGAAGAUGGCGAUGACUUUGGUGCCGACAGUGACGACAACAUGGAUGAAGCGACCUACUAGACAGGAAAGGGUCGCAGCAUGUUUAUGAUGCAGCUUCUGAGCAUGUGGA